UGUCAUAAAAUUGACAACUGAAAAAUAACCUCCGACUCUGACUCGGUUGUGCACAAUAUUUAUAUUCUCAUUAACUUUUAAUAUCAUUCGCUGAAUUAAUGUCCUGAAAACAUACAAUAACAAUGAAAGUUUCUGUUGGAGAUGUUGUGUUACCGGGAGAUUACUGCGAAGAAAUUUCAGCAGCGGGAGAGAAAUCAAAAGUUAUAGUGGGACCGGGUUUACAGAAAGAAAGUAACCAUGUUUAUGUGACAAAAGCAGGAGUAUUGAAGAAAAAAAAUCCAAACACAUACUGGGUAGAUUACUAUCAAAAGAGGUAUACACCAGCACGAGGAGAAAAUGUUAUCGGAAUCGUUAUACAAAAAGCUGGUGAUAUAUACAGAGUGGACCUUGGUAGUAGCAUGUCUGCAGCUUUAUCAUACCUUUCCUUCGAAGGAGCGACAAAGAAAAACAGACCAAAUGUUCAGAUCGGUGACGUUGUAUAUGCAAAAACUCUUGUUGGUAGCAAGGAUAUGGAACCAGAAUUAGUUUGUGUUGAUUCCUAUGGUAAAAAAGGACGUCUGGGAGUUUUAACUGACGGAUUCUUAUUUAAGUGUUCGAUAAAUUUAAUUAGAAAGAUUUUGAACCCAAGCUGUCCGUUAUUGGAUUCUUUAAAAAAUGAAUGGCCAUUUGAACUUGCUGCAGGCAUGAAUGGUAGAAUUUGGAUAAAAGCAAAAACAAUGAGAGAAACUAUCGCCUUAGGUAAUGCCAUACUGGGAGCCGAGUAUUUAAGUGAUGAAGAAAUAAAGGCAAUGUGUGCAAACAUAGCUAGCAUAUUAGCAGGACAUGUAGCAUAAUUCUAGUGAUUAAAUGUAUUUCAUAUUAAAAAAAUAUAUCUUUUUAUAAAACAAGCUUAUAAUUAAGGUGUAGAGUAAAUCAACCCAAAACCAAAAUAUAUCCCCAAUUUUUAACCAAGACUAUGGUGAGUAAUGUCUAUCUCAGGAAAAGUGCUUUUCUGAAGACCUAGAGUAUAACAUAAUAAACAAACAGGUGUUUUAAGUAAUAAAUUACAUUUCACUGUUCAUGUCACAUAGAUUUUAGUAGCAUUUUGGGAAGUUUAAAAUAAAACAACAUAAACAGUGAUCAGAGAUUUAUUUUGGCAAAUGCAACUAACCUAUUCACCUUGAAAUCUCAAUGUAAAACUAGGAUCGACCGAGCAAUCCACCGCACGAGUUCCCAUUGCGAUGUUCAUGCGUAAAGGCAAUAUGACACCCGCAUGGAACUUCAGAAUAAAUUAUUAAUAUAAUACAAUUGAAAAAGCCAAGCCACUUUCACACUAUAUACAUAAUACCGUGGCCAUCCAACUCCACAACACUUCACAAAUUUACAAACUAUCAAUUAAAAAGGUGUUAACUGACCAGAAUACAUUUCUAUUAUUUAAUAAUAAUUUAGUAAAUAAGGAAAAAAAUGAGCUGUUUAUUAUUAAUUCUAAUUUCAAAUUUGAAAAUAAAUUUUAUUUUGUUUUUUUUUUUAACUAUUUUGAUGAUUUUUUUUUGAUAGUUUAUCAUGUGAAAGCAGUAUAGUUCAUAGAAUGCAAAUUAUGUCUUUUUAUCUUGUUUUCUCAAAAGCGAUAUUAAAUAUUCAUUAUAUAAGGUCUUAAACAGAAUAGGAACAUGUUCUGUAAAAUUAAUUUGAGCAUGUUUCUAUCUCAGUUUAAAAAAAACAAUACUGCCUUCAACUGACAAUGACUUAUGGAGGUAAUUAAAAGCCUCUUUAGAAACAUAGAAAGUGGUAACUUUCAAAAUAUUAUACAAUUUGGUCCUGACACUUCAAAGCCAAAAAAAAUGUUUACAUGUAGUCAAUGAUGUUAAUUUCCUAUCCAUUUGAAAAUUACAUAUAACAUUCACAGUGGGAAUAGGUCAAAAGUUUGUCAUAAAGUAUAAAAUGCGAAAUUAUAGCUCUGGACAUUCAGCUGAAUAAUUGGAUUCUACAUGAAUAAGCAAAUUUUAUUCGUUAAAUAUAUUUAUUUCAUAUGAGAAAAUGUCAUUUAACAUAUUAAAGUACAGGACCAAAAUUAUUUAUUUUGCAAUUUACAGUAACGAUAUAAAAAUUGAAAAAACUUCCUCACGAUAUACUCAAAAGGAAUGUUCUUACAUUUUAUAUACAAAAUUCUCAGAACCAUCCCAAGGUGUGUUGGGACAUAGAUAAGUCGACAUAUCGUCAUUAUAAUAUGGUAAAAAAUAUAAUCUCAAAGACAAUAUUGACUUGGCAAGGCUGAGCCUUUCCCUACCAAAGAGAAUGUUGUCUUAGAGAACACUAACUAUAAUUAUAAAUUAUUUGUUUCAAUUGACAAUAAAAAUUCAAUACUUAUAAUUAUUGAAUUAUUUAUGACUAUAGUAGAAAAUCAUGACAUGUAAAUUGUCUAUGCCCCAAUACACGAGAAGUAUAGUCAAAAGAUCUGUAAAACCCCUGUAAGGAAUUUAAAGCCAUUCCAACUGAUUUAAGUCAAUUUAAGAGAAAUUAUUUAUAUCAACUGUUAAUAUUAACGCGUCGGGUGCAUCGCGUAUUGUUAACUAUUGUUCUUGUUAAGAAAAUUGUCUUUACUAUUUUCUAUCUUGAACUUGUUACUAAUAUUCAUAUUAAUAAGUUCCUGACAAAUAACCAAGGAGUACUUUUUUAUAUAGGAGAAGGGGCAAACGAGCAACGAAUCGCCUAAUGUUAUUUGAUCCGACGCCCAUGGAUAUCCGCAACGCCAGAGGAACUGCACAUGCGUUGCCGUCCUUUAAGGAAGGUGUACGCUCUUUUCAUGAAGGCCACUUAUCAUUUAAUAUUAAUUUCUUUCAAUGCUUGAUAUGGUCAUAUUUAAAAGGUAAUUUAUGCAAAAAAACAAUUUCGUAAAUGCGACAAAUAUCUUAACAUAAAGACAAUGGAUAAAGUCCUGACAAAGUUGUCACAAUUUUUUUUAAUCUUUUUUAAAUUUACGUAGUUUAAAGGCACAUAUACUAUUGUGUUAAUAUUAGUGUGUAUGUUAUCGUUGCUUUAUAAUCGCGUUUUUUAGCGUGCGUUUUCACUGUCCUAAAUACUUUUUUAUAAAAGUGUAUCGCCAGUGGAAACGAAGUUACUCUUAAUGAGAUAAUGUCGCUGUCAUUUUUAUAAAUAAGGUCAUUAGAUAAACGUCGAAAAAUAUGAUAGCUCAUUUUGUAUCUAAGCGCUAAGUUAUUAUUAUUGCUUAAAUUGCUAUAAUUGUGAUAUCAUAAGUAUAUUAGAGGUAUUCUUUGUAAGGCCUAUAUUUAUAACUAGUUUAAGACAUUCAUUGACAUAUAAUUAUAUUUUUUAAGCUAUCUUUUAUUAUUCCUAAAAAAAGGAGAAAUGAUUUAGAAUAAUUUUAUAUUCAUAAUUUCAACACUAUUAGCAUUUUUCAGCACGCAUUGAGUCCGCUAAAGACUGAACAGUCUGACUGAACAGUCGAAAUG